AUGCAGGUUAUGAGAACAAUUUUAACAGUAGUGCGCGUAAAUGACAUCUUGAUUGUAGACUAUCAACGACUAUCAGCGACUAUCAACAUGGUCUGCGCUAAAUGCGAGAAGAAGCAGACAAAGGUAGCUGCACCUGAUCCUUUCCGUAAUAAAUCGUUAGGUGCGUCAGCUUCAACGAGCAAACAAACGGACGAACGCAACGAUCUGGGGAAGAACAAACUGCUAUCUAAGAAUAGGUAUCUUCCAUACGCUGCCAAAACUGGUGGAUCGAAAUGUAAAGUUUGUAAGCAAACGACGGCGAGACCAGACGCGAAAUACUGCCAAAAUUGCGCAUAUAAACGAGGAAAAUGUAGCGUAUGUGGCGUAAAGCAAAUGUGA